CAAAAUUGAGGCAGAUCGUCACGAUGGGUUCCCAAGACACGUUGGAGGAGAAAACUGUAACCGUCUGCUGCGGAACAGAUUUCGUUAAUAUUUCCUUUGUAAACUUCUGCUGCACGAGGAAGGAGAUCUCUCGCCUUUGGACGGACGCCCUGAUGAGUUUGGCCUACAACCUGACGCAGGUUAACGGCACCACCAGCAUGUUCCUUCUCAAAGCAUACACCAAACUUACCCUUCUCACUGAUAAGGCAGGAAAAAUACCAAUCAAAAACGUAAUAAAAAUGUUUACAUCAAAUAAAGAAGAUCGAAAAAGAGUGGAAAAAGCCUUAGAUAUAUCUGGUCUUCCUUCUGGAAAAAAUGACACAAUUAGUAUUGAAAAGUUUCAGUUUGAAGAUUUUUUUAAUUUAUACAAAAGCUUAACCCAAAGGUCGGAGGUGGAGAAAGUCUUUAAUGAAUUAGUCGGUACACCUAAGAGGCACAAUAUGACCGCCGCACAAUUGGUAGAUUUCCUCAACAAAACUCAACGGGAUCCGCGACUGAACGAAAUUUUAUACCCUUACGCUAACACCGCCAGAGCAAAAGAUAUAAUCGCACAAUAUGAGCCAAAUAAAUAUAACGUACAAAAAGGGCAACUGUCCUUCGAUGGCUUUUUGAGGUAUUUCAUGUCCGAAGACAACAACAUUAUCGCGUCUAGUAAAUUUGAUUUGUGCGACGAUAUGGAUCAGUCCUUGUCUCAUUAUUUCAUCAACUCAUCUCACAACACGUACUUAACGGGUCAUCAGCUUACAGGGAAAUCUAGUGUAGAAAUUUAUAGGCAAUGUCUGCUGGCCGGUUGCAGGUGCGUCGAGUUAGAUUUUUGGAAUGGUAAAACCGACGAACCGGUGAUAGUGCACGGUUAUACCUUCGUGCAGGACAUCCCCGCGAAGGAAGUUCUAGAGGCAAUCGCAGAGAGCGCCUUUAAAACUUCGGAUUAUCCCGUUGUAUUAUCCUUCGAGAACCACUGCAACCCGAGGCAGCAGGCGAAAAUCGCCAAUUACUGUAAGGAAAUUUUUGGGGAGAUGCUUUUGGAGCAGCCGCUAGAUACUCAUAAACUAGAACCAGGAUCGCAGCUUCCAUCGCCUUCGCUGUUGAAACGGAAAAUUAUCAUUAAGAAUAAGAAGAAGCAUCAUCACCAUCACCAUUACCACAAGAAGACGCCGCCGCCUAGUCAAGAAGCUUCCGAACCUACCGGAAAUGGUGAUAUUGCGUCGCAUCACGCACCUCCUUUGCAAAUGCAAGCGCGUCAGGGCUCUAAAGAAUCAACGGGUACCGAAGAUGAAGAUUCGUCAAGUGAAGAAGAAGCCGAUGCUGCAGAAGUGGAACCAGUCCAAGGGCAACCGUCAGAACACCCGGAUCAAAAACCGGCUGCUCAAAAGGAGACCGAGGCGGGCGCCGAAAUUUCCGCCUUAGUCAACUAUAUACAACCGGUUCAUUUUUCCAGUUUUGAAAACGCAGAAAAAAAAAAUCGCAGCUACGAAAUGUCGUCGUUUGACGAAAAGCAAGCCACUACGCUUUUAAAAGAGAAACCGAUCGAAUUCGUAAAUUACAACAAAUUCCAGCUGAGCAGAGUCUAUCCCGCGGGUACUCGAUUCGACUCCUCCAACUUCAUGCCGCAAGUCUUUUGGAAUGCGGGCUGCCAGUUGGUCGCGUUAAACUUUCAAACCUUGGAUUUAGCGAUGCAACUAAACUUGGGAAUAUUCGAAUACAAUUAUCGUACGGGUUAUUUACUAAAGCCGGAAUUUAUGCGUCGCAAAGAUAGAAGGUUGGAUCCGUUCGCGGAGUCGACCGUCGACGGUAUUAUAGCCGGUACCGUCAAAAUAUCUGUGAUAUCGGGUCAGUUUCUCACUGACAAAAGGGUCGGAACUUACGUAGAGGUGGACAUGUACGGUCUACCCGCCGAUACAGUUAGAAAGAAGUUUCGUACAAAAAUUAUACCCAAUAACGGGAUCAAUCCCUUGUACGAUGAAGAACCUUUCGUGUUCAAGAAAGUUGUGCUUCCCGAAUUAGCUUCCAUUCGUUUAGCCGCUUACGAGGAAUCGGGUAAACUCAUCGGUCAUCGGAUUCUUCCUGUCGUCGGGCUGUGUCCCGGUUAUCGUCACGUGAAUUUAAGAACUGAGCUAGGUCAGCCUUUACCGUUAUGCAGUUUGUUCCUUUUAAUAGUCGUUAAAGACUACGUUCCUGAUGGGUUAUCCGAUUUUGCCGAAGCUCUCGCAAACCCCAUUAAAUACCAAAGUGAUCUGGAAAAAAGGUCGCGGCAGUUAGCCGUUCUCACGGACGACAUGGAGGCGCCCACUGGUACUAAAGACGAGCAAAAAAAAGACGCGACCGCGAAAACGACGCAAGAAUUAACUAGCAACGGUAGUCCCUCGCCGCGCCCCACUUUAACUAGCGGCGUCGGUUCGUCCAUUGACUUAGUCACGGAGACCGACGUGCCCGUGACUAACGCCCCUCCAGUCUCUGCCACGUUGGUGGAGCAGAAUUCGAUUACAAAACCGCCCGAGAUACUGUGCGUCGAGGAAAUAGUAGCCGAACCUUUAGACAAAAUUUUAGAAAACAAAUUAGUUAAGGAAAAGAAAUUAGAGUUAGAAAAGAAAUUGGAGACGUUGAGAAAGAAACACGAGAAGAAGAAGGCGACCUUACAGUCACAAAAGUCCACGUCCGAAACGGGGGAGAAAAUCUCAAAAUUAAUGAAUAUAAAAUUGGUGAAGAGACUUUCAAGCAAAAACAUUUUCCAAGGUGGUCGAGCGACCAUCUUAAAUCAUUCUUUCUUUCUUAGAGUAACCGGAGUUUUCUCGACAGAAUCUACUAGCGCAGAACCACUAACUAGCGUUGCAGACGGACCGGAGAGUAGCGCGAACGCGGAGCCCGAGCGACCCACGCUUCCGCGCAGCACGUCCGAACGUUUGCUCGCCGCCAAUCGUGAGUUCGUCACGCAGGAGAAGGAGCUGCGCGAGAAGUACCACGAGAUUAUAUAUAGCAUAGCGGAGAAAGUUAUGCGUACAUCUCAGGCGAAUCAGUUUAAACUGUUAAAGGUACAAUUAGAGCGCGACACGUCCGACUUGAUGCGCCGACUCCAGGCCGACCGACGCGAAGAAGUAAAAGCGUUAGCGAAAAAACACAGGGAUCGUGACGAACUGGUGCGUGUUAAGCGAGAGGUGGCGAGCGCCGUCGUCGAUCGCGGCGUCACCGAACGCGAGCGAUUAGGCCAAACGUUCGAGGUACGCAAGGAGGAGCUAACCAGACAGCAUGAAGCUGUUAAGAACGCAUUAGUGGAACACAAACAAAAGGCCAAGACUGCUAUGACGAAAGAGUUCGAAACACGACUCACAAGAGCUGAGAACGAAGUCUGCGGAAGUUCCAACGUACAGCAGUAAAUGCGAAAAUUCGCGACAAGGGUUUGCGCUUAUUUUAAUGCGACGUCGCCUUGACGUUAACAAAAUUGUAUGCUCGCAAUACGCACCGAUCAAGCGAACAUCAUUCGAAAUUAGUAGAGUUGAAUCUCGAACACAAUUUUGACAAUCAUCCAAACGGCAUCUUCGCCGAUCUUUAAUGAUAACAAUUCUAAUAUGCUAUUGAUAGGUUAUAGAAAAACAUUGAUAUUGUCGUCUCUCGUCGUUGUGAUAGUAGAAUUAGAACAAUUUUAGAUGAGAUACUUUUCGAUAAGCGGUCCCGACUGCUUAAUAAUAAUGGGUUCCGCAACACCAUGCGUUACUUCUCAUUUUUUAGCUAAUUUUUUUAAUUUUUAUUAUUCGAAACUAAUCGAGAUUAGUUGAAUUUUUUUGUACAUAUGUAAAUGUUUGUUUUUUUUAAAAUAAUGUGUUGUUUUAUUGUUUUAUCGUUGAGUAUUUUUCUAGUGUGUUAAUUUUUUUUAUCGAUAUUUCUGCCUAGCUGAAAGUUAUGAAUGCUCGAACAUUUUAAGGUAUACUACAAUGAAAUUUUAUCAGUCCAUCGAACGAAUUGCAUAUAGGUACAUUCAGUCAUAUUAGAUGUAUUUCGAUUUCUUCUAGAGUGCGUUGCAAGCGCCAGACAACUCAGCAGACUAGUUUUGAAUGUUGUCCAUGUGCGUUCGAUAAUCUGGAGACAUUGGUUUGUACGUGCUAUUUUUAUACAGUGUGAUUUUUCUGUAUUGGUGCAUCAAAUAAUAUUAACUUCUUGUGCUAAGUCCGUACCUCAUGAGCUCAGUUUCAAUUCGUAGGUGUCUCCUAUCCAUUAGUUCUUAUGUAUUUCGGUGCUUGUGACUUAUAACCUACACUAUCAUACUCUAAUCUUGAUGUGUAUCAGACUUACACAAUAAUGCAAGAAAGUUCCGAUUGCCAAUUUACGGUAAGUUGAUAAGGCAGAUUUCGCCAGGCUCGCCUAUUCUAAAUUUGUGCCUAAUAUUAAUUUCUUCUUUUUUCUUUCGCACUUUUCCCAAGCUUAUUUUAAAACAAUGGCUUAUACUUUUUAAAUGUUUACUUGACAAAAAAUGAUCUUCUUUUGUUACUAACAGUAAUUAUGAUUAUUAUGGCAGCUGCAAAGUAUAUUGUAAUAAGUAAAAAACAAACAGAAGUGUUAUUUACGCAUACAAAACAUUGAAUGAAUGCCCUACUCUCCAAAUCUUUCAGCUAUUUAUCUAAUAUAGUGUACCGGGUGACCCAAUAAGACUGUUCCUCGACUCGGGAACCGUUCGUCGUAUGACUUAGGGGUAAAAAAAAUUAUUGGGUAAAUCGGAAAAUAUUUUCAAGUUCUAAAAAUGACCACCAG